GCAGCAUUGGCACUACCAGGUGCACAGAGGCCGUGAUUACAACCCUACCAUAUCAUGAGGGCAGUCUACAUAACGCACCAAUUACAGUUAAAGAAGCCUGUUUAUAUCUUAUGAGCAAGAGAGGUCUCAUAACUGAUGACAACAUUGACAAGGUACUGUUUGACAGACUGCAAGUUCUGGAUUUAUCAAUGUGUCAUGUGUCAGAUGCUUGUCUUUUCAAACUCUCCAACUCAAGGCAUAACUACCUGCGAAAAGUGGACCUGAACUCUGCAAAAGAUUCUAAUGAAAGCAUUACUUCAGCAGGUCUGACCAGUCUGUCCAGAGCAUGUCCAAAUCUGCAGAUUCUAUACCUUAGGCGCUGCAUCAACAUCACAGAUUCAGGCGUCAUCAGCAUUUCUGAGAACUGUCCAUUUUUGGUUGAGCUCAACAUAGGUGGCUGUCCUCGCAUCACUGAUGCAACUCUUAUAUCCCUUGGGCAGAACUGUAGAUAUCUGAGAUCCUUCAACUUCUCCAAAUCAGAAGUAACGGAUUGUGGUGUGCUCAGUCUGGUCAGUGGUACUUGUGCUACAUGUUUAAAGGAAAUCCAUAUGAAUGGCUGUGCAAAUUUGACUGAUGAGUCUGUGGAGGCUGUGAUUCAGUUCUGCCCACAAAUCAGCAUCUUACUUUUCCAUGGGUGUCCCCAUAUCACUGAACAUGCCAGAAAUGCACUUGAAGAGUUGAUGAGGGCAGAAUCCUCGGCAGUCAAGCAGAUUACCUGGACAGUCUACUAAAAAGUUACUUAAACAAUUUCAUGAUUACUUAAACGUGCUUAAUCAGAAUUUUACCUGUUGCGCUAAUUUCUGUUAUCCGUCCAAUUUCUGUUUUAAAAGUGAGUUGUGCAGUUGUGAACAGGGAGCAUUCACCAUUAGGGUGAGGCUUAUAUUGUGUGUAUAUAAUUAUCAUUCCAGUUUUACAAGUGACAAAUGUUUAAGAAAACAUUAUUGCUAUAUGAUGUGUUGGUUAAGUUUUCUAUGGAAUUUUUGGUAAUGAUAUUUUUGUUCUUGCAAGUCUUACAAGCUGCAAGUGAUUUUGACCAUAACAGAUUGUCAGGAGUGUUUAUCACAGAAUUUAGAAAAAGAAUCUUCUGCAAGAAGAAAAGAGAGGCAAGAAAGAGUGAGAGGAAGAAGAUGAAGGAAGAGAUGGAGACAACUGUUUGUUUUUGGUCGUCUUCAGCCAUCAUCAUUCUGUGACCAACACUGAGUGGCAACAAAGACAUUUGAAAACACAAAAUAGUCUUAUCAAUCAGUUUCUUCAGGGGUGAUUAGUGUACUGCUGUUGACAUCCUCAAAGUAUCUCCCAUGAUUCAUGACUGCUGCCAACUUAAAAGCACAGAAACAUACUGGUUCUGUGCACCUCUAUACCUUCUCCUAACUCUUCAAGUUCCAGAAAGGUAAUUUUUGUCAAGAUUGGUUGAUGACUGGACAUUUUUUUGUUUCUUCAGUGCAGUCAAGCAGUGGCAACCUUGUUUCAGUUAGCCCUUCUACAUAGGUAAUGCUGAUGUACAAUAUUGUAGAACAUUUCCUACUUUUGUUGUUGUUGUUGAGAGUCUUACUGCUGCAGCAUUGAAAAUGAAUGAUAAAUAGUAGAAAAUGGACAUGGCAAGGUAAUUGCUAACUGCUUAAACUCAUGAGUUGUGUCUGUUUUAGUCGACAUAAGGUAGAAAUGUGUCAGUUUAGAGAAUCUGCAGAUCAUUGUGUUUUGCAUGGAGGCUUUAAACAAAUGUGUCUUCUCCACCGCUGACUAUGAUAAAUGUUUAUGAUCAUUUAUGCUGUUAGCGGCACUACAUGACUUGCUGGCCACGUGUUCAAUGCCAAGGUGGAUCCACUGAAUUGUUUAUGUCUGUGUUUGCAAAUUGUCUUAUCAGCUGUCAAACUUUUUCUCUCAUGUUUGUAAUAUUCUAAUAUGGUAUACAAACUCA